GUGAACAAAAUUUGGGUCACAAUACUCUGUACUGGUAUCAACAGGAUUCCAAGAUGGGACUUCGGAUGAUGUUUUACUACAACAAUAAAGCACUUAUUGAAAAGGCUAAUAUUUCUAAUCGAUUCAAACCAAAUUCUCCAGAAAAUUCUCGCCUGAAUCUUCACAUUGAAUCCUUGCAAGCAGAGGACACAGCCACAUAUUUCUGUGCCAGCAGCCUAUGAGCAGCACUUCGGCCCAGGUACUCGGCUACUGGUCACAGAUGACCUGAAAAGAGUGACUCCCCCAAAGGUAACUGUGUUUCAGCCAUCUGAGGAAGAGAUUGGGGAGAAAGGAAAGGCCACUCUGGUCUGUCUGGCCACAGGCUUCUACCCUGACCUUGUGGAGCUGAGCUGGUGGGUGAAUGGGCAGGAGACCAAAAUUGGGGUCAGCACAGACCCUGAGCCCUCCAAGGAGCAUCCCAAGGAAGAGCACUCCAGGUACUCCCUGAGCAGCCGCCUCCGGAUUUCUGCUCCCUUCUGGCGCAAUCCCAAGAACAACUUUCGUUGCCAAGUACAGUUCUAUGGCAUUGCAGAGAAUGAGACCUGGUCAAGUAACCGGAGCAAACCUGUCACCCAGAAUGUCAGUGACCAGAUCUGGGGAAAGGCAGAUUGUGGGGUCACCUUUGAGUCCUAUCAGCAUAGUAUCCAGUCUGCCACCUUUUUCUAUGAGAUCCUCCUGGGGAAGGCCAUGCUAUAUGGCCUGCUGGUCAGUAUCCUGGUGUUGAGAACCAUGACCAAGAAAAACUAUUCUUGAAACCAGCUGUGGACCAGAGAGCAGGGAUCCAAGAGCAAAGGACCUUCAUUCUUUCAUCACCCCAGCUUGGCUCCUCCUUUAUCCAUUUCCAGCCUGUGUUCCAGAAGAAUUGUUCUUCCCUCUCCUCAUCUGUAUCCCUUAUACAAUUCCUCAAAGAGAACUAUGUAAGCCAAAGGGGCAAAGGUGGUGGAUUAAUCUGAAGCAAUAAAAAUAUCCUUCAUUCUUGUGA